AAAAAAAGAAUGUUGCAGUUGAAUCAUUCCCUAUUAUUUAUCCAAAAGGUGUUAAAAUAGAAAAAUUCGAUAUAAUUGAUUUUCCAACAGCACCAAUAAGUAAUUUUUUUAAUUCAUUAACUGAUAAAAUUCAUGUUCAUCUUAAUGCUAAAAAACAAAAUAAAGUACUUGUUCAUUGUAUGGCUGGCAUUAGUCGAAGUACCACAAUUGUUUGUGCUUAUUUAAUGCGUUAUAUGAAUAUGACAUUACGAGAAGCAUAUUUAUUAUGUAAAAAACAUCGGCCAAUUUGCUUUCCAAAUUUAGGAUUUUGGAGUCAACUUAUUGCAUAUGAAAAUCAACUACAAAAAGAAAAUAGUGUUAAAAUGAUACCAACUCAAUUUGGUAAUGUUCCCGAUGUUGCAUAUGAAGAAAUAAAACAAUUACGUGCUCAACAACAACAACUUGGAACGAUAUCUUUAUCUGCAUCAUCGUUUACUUCUACAAUAAAUAAUAAUUCUACUAAUAGUAGUAAUACAAAUAUAGAUACAAAUUCUAAUCAAACUCGACCAACUAAUCGAGAUACAUCCAUUAAUCAUUCAAAUGGUGUUUUACGAUCUCGAUCAUUAUAUUCAAAUGGUCGACCAACGAUUGCGCCUGCUUCAACAUAUAUUAAUAAUUCAGUUUAUCAAUCACCAUUACUUACAACUAAUAAACAAACAUUCCUAACACCAGCACGACUUGGUAUACAUCGAUCAUUUAAUAAUGGCACAGCACAUAAUAAUAACAAUAAUAAUAAUAAUAAUAAUCAUACUAUUACUAAUAAUAAUAAUAAUAAUCAUACUAAUAAUAAUAAUAAUAAUAAUAAUAAUACACUUCCACCCGUACCCAGUAUAUCAUCAACUUCUUAUGUUAGUAAUCGAAGUUUACCAACAGCUAUAAAACAUCGACAUAUGACUAAUAAUCGUAAUCAUCCAUCAACUGUUACUAUUAAUACAGCAGCAGCAACAACAAUAAAUAAUGAUGAACAACAUUCAACUUAUGAAACAACAUAUCGUUCAAGUUUUUUUAAACCAUUAGUUCCUUAA